GAUGCGCGGCAUUGGUGCGGAGGGCGCGCUCUUGGCCGCGCUGCUUUGCGUGGCUGUCCAGGGCCAGCAGAGAGGUCUGUUUCCUGCCAUCCUCAAUCUCGCCAGCAAUGCUCACAUCAGCACCAACGCCACGUGCGGGGAGCAGGGGCCCGAGAUGUUCUGUAAGCUUGUGGAGCACGUGCCGGGUCGGCCUCUGCGGAACGCCCAGUGCCGGAUCUGCGACGGCCACAGCGCCAACCCCAAAGAACGCCAUCCCAUCUCAAAUGCAAUCGAUGGCACCAAUAACUGGUGGCAAAGUCCCAGUAUUCAAAACGGGAGAGAGUAUCACUGGGUCACAAUCACGCUGGACUUAAGACAGGUCUUCCAAGUUGCCUAUGUCAUCAUUAAAGCUGCCAACUCCCCUCGGCCUGGAAACUGGAUUUUGGAGCGUUCUCUGGAUGGCACCACGUUCAGCCCCUGGCAGUAUUAUGCAGUCAGUGACACGGAGUGUUUGACACGCUAUAAUAUAACUCCCACACGGGGACCGCCCACAUACAGGGCUGAUGAUGAAGUGAUCUGCACCUCGUAUUACUCUAGACUGGUGCCCUUGGAGCAUGGGGAGAUUCACACAUCAUUAAUCAACGGCAGACCGAGUGCCGACGAUCUUUCCCCCAAGUUGUUGGAAUUCACGUCGGCGCGCUACAUCCGCCUGCGCCUACAGCGCAUUCGGACACUCAACGCGGACCUUAUGACCCUGAGCCACCGGGAACCUAAAGAACUUGAUCCAAUCGUUACAAGACGAUAUUACUAUUCAAUAAAAGACAUUUCCAUCGGAGGAAUGUGCAUUUGCCACGGCCAUGCGAGUAGCUGCCCAUGGGAUGAAACGACAAAGAGGCUGCAGUGCCAGUGUGAACAUAACACUUGUGGAGAGACCUGCAAUGUGUGCUGUCCUGGGUUCCAUCAGCAGCCCUGGAGGCCUGGGACAGUGUCUUCUGGAAACAUGUGUGAAGAAUGCAAUUGUCACAACAAAGCCACCGACUGUUACUAUGAUGAACAUGUUGCACAUCAGAAGAGAAGUCUGAACACUGAGGGCCAGUUCAGAGGAGGAGGGGUUUGCAUCAACUGCCUGCAGAACACCAUGGGCAUCAACUGUGAGACCUGUGUCGACGGAUACUACAGACCACACAAAGUUUCUCCUUAUGAAGAUGAGCCUUGCCAUCCUUGUGACUGUGACCCUGUGGGCUCCCUCAGUUCUGUCUGUAUUAAGGAUGAUCUCCAUUCUGAUUUACACAAUGGGAAGUGGCCGGGGCAGUGUGCCUGUAAGGAAGGCUACGCGGGAGACAAAUGUGAUCGCUGCCAGUUUGGCUAUAAGGGCUACCCCAGCUGCGUCCGCUGUGAGUGCAGCCCGGCUGGCAGCGUGAAUGACGACCCCUGCACAGAGCCGUGUCUCUGCAAGGACAAUGUCGAAGGGAAAGACUGCGACCGCUGCAAACCGGGAUUCUACAACUUGAAGGAGAGAGACCCGCAGGGCUGCACCGAGUGCUUCUGCUUCGGCGUCUCCGACGUCUGCGACAGCCUCACGUGGCCUGUUGGGCAGGUGAAGGAUAUGUCUGGGUGGCUGGUCACAGACUUGAUCAGUCCCAGUAAGAUCCGCUCCCAGCAGGAUGGGCUGGGCGGGCGGCAUCAGGUCAGCAUCAACAACACCAUGGUCCUGAAGAGGCUGGCGCCGCAGUACUACUGGUCAGCGCCUGAGGCCUACCUCGGAAAUAAGCUGACUGCUUUCGGCGGGUUCCUGAAAUACACAGUCUCAUAUGAUAUUCCCAUGGAGGCCAUGGACAGUGACCUCAUGUCUCAUGCUGACGUCAUCAUUAAGGGGAAUGGACUCACUGUCAGCACACAGGCUGAGGGCCUGUCACUGCAACCCUACGAAGAGUACUUCAACGUGGUGAGACUGGUGCCAGAGAACUUCCGAGAUUUUAAUAACAAAAGGGAGAUCGAUCGUGACCAGCUGAUGACCGUCCUGGCCAAUGUGACACAUCUCCUGAUCAGGGCCAACUACAAUUCUGCCAAAACGGCUCUUUACAGGUUGGAUUCUGUCUCUCUGGACACGGCGAGCCCGAACGCCAUUGACCUGGCAGUAGCCACGGACGUGGAACAUUGUGAAUGUCCCCAGGGCUACACAGGGACCUCCUGUGAGUCCUGCCUCUCUGGCUACUACCGUGUGGAUGGAAUCCUCUUCGGCGGCAUUUGCCAGCCUUGUGAGUGCCAUGGCCAUGCAGUGGAGUGUGACGUUCACGGCGUUUGCUUGACCUGUGCACACAACACCACCGGCGACCACUGCGAGCAGUGCCUGCCUGGCUUCUACGGGGAGCCGUCCCGAGGGACUCCUGGGGACUGCCAGCCUUGCGCUUGCCCUCUCUCCACCGCCUCCAACAACUUCAGCCCCACCUGCCACCUUCAUGACGGCGAGGACAUGGUCUGUGACCAGUGUGCACUGGGCUACACGGGAGACUGGUGUGAGAGAUGCGCAGACGGUUACUAUGGAAACCCAACGGUGCCCGGGGAAGCCUGUGUGCCAUGUGACUGCAGUGGCAAUGUGGACCCCUCGGAGCCUGGUCACUGUGACCCGGUCACUGGGGAAUGCCUAAAGUGCAUCGGGAACACGGCCGGCCCCCACUGUGAGCAGUGUGCGGAUGGGUUCUAUGGAGACGCUGUGACUGCCAAAAAUUGCCGCGCCUGUGACUGCCAUGCAAAAGGCUCACGUUCUGGCCUGUGCCACCCGGAGACUGGAGUCUGCAGCUGCAAACCCCAUGUGACCGGCAAGCAGUGUGACCAGUGCCUGCCUGGCUACUAUGGGCUGGACCUGGGCCGUGGUUGCCUGCCCUGUAACUGCAGCGCAGCAGGCUCCACAUCGGACGACUGCUCGGACGAAGGCCAGUGUCGCUGUGCACCGGGCGUGGCUGGGGACAAGUGUGACAGGUGCUCACAUGGCUUCUAUGCGUUCCAGGAUGGUGGCUGUUCACCCUGUGACUGCGCGCAUACACACAACACGUGUGACCCGCAGACCGGAGAGUGCCUCUGCCCCCCCCACACCCGGGGGCUGAGAUGCGAAGUGUGUGAGGAUGGAUACUGGGGCCACGACGCGGAGCGCGGGUGCCAGGCCUGUAAUUGCAGUCAUGUGGGGUCGGCCACUCCCCAGUGCGAUGCGAUCUCUGGCCACUGCCCGUGCAGGUCUGCAUUCGGUGGACGCAGCUGUGAUCAAUGCUCCUUGGGGCACAGAGACUUCCCAGACUGCGUCCCCUGUGACUGUGACCUGAGGGGGACGUUGGCAGACACCUGCGACCUGGAACAGGGCCUCUGCAGCUGUGCGGAGGAAACCGCUGCCUGCUCUUGCAAGGAAAAUGUCCUUGGCCUCCAGUGCAGCGAAUGCCGGGCUGGCACCUUCGCCCUCCACAAAGACGACCCCCUGGGGUGCAGGCCGUGCUUCUGCUUCGGGCUGUCCCACCUCUGCUCCGAGUUGGAGGGCUACGUAAGGAUGCCAGUGACACUGGACCCCACUCAGCCUCUUCUGCGUGUGGUCUCCCAGAGUAACCUGAGGGGCACAACCGAGGGCGUCCAUUACCAGGCCCCUGAUACCCUGCUGGACGCCGUGACUGUCCGCCGCCAUGUCCAGGCAGAGCCGUUUUACUGGCGGCUCUCGGAGCAGUUCCAGGGAGACCAGCUCCUGGCCUAUGGUGGCAGACUGAAGUACAGUGUAGCUUUCUAUUCUUCCGAUGGCGUCGGCACCUCCAACUUUGAGCCUCAAGUUCUCAUCAAAGGAGGCCGGACCAGAAAGCACGUCAUUUACAUGGACGCACCUGCACCGGAGAAUGGAGUGAGACAGGAGCAAGAAGUAGAAAUGAAAGAGAAUUUUUGGAAAUAUUUUAACUCCGUUUCUGAAAAACCUGUCACACGCUCAGAUUUUAUGUCUGUCCUUAGCAACAUUGAAUACAUCCUCAUCAAGGCUUCAUACGGCCAAGGGCUACAGCAGAGCAGAAUCUCGAAUAUCUCCCUGGAAGUUGGCAGGAAGGCUCAAGAGCUGCGCCCAGAGACAGAGGUGGCGUCCUUUUUGGAGAACUGUGUCUGUCCUGCGGGCACAGCCGGCUUCUCUUGUCAGGACUGUGCACCCGGGUACCACCGAGGAAGACUCCCAGAAGGUGCUAGCAGGGGACCCCGACCCCUGCUUGCUCCCUGCGUGCCCUGCAAUUGCAACAACCACAGUGACGCUUGUGACCCUGAAACUGGAAAGUGUCUGAACUGCAGCGAUCACACGGCUGGAGACCACUGUGACGUGUGUGCACCCGGCUAUUUCGGGAAGGUGAUUGGCUUGGCCAACGACUGUUCUCCAUGCACCUGUCCCUACCACUACCCUGCCAGUUUCAGUCCCACGUGCGUCUUGGAAGGUGAUGGUGACCUGCGCUGUGAUGCCUGUGCCCCAGGCUAUGAAGGGCAGUAUUGUGAGAGGUGCUCCUCGGGCUACCAUGGAAACCCUCGGAUGCUGGGUGGCAGGUGUUGGAAGUGUGACUGCAGCCUGCAUGGCUCUGUUCACAGCGACUGUGACCGCGAGUCGGGGCAGUGCGUGUGCCGGCCGGGGGCCACUGGACUGCGAUGCGAGCAGUGUGAACCCCGGCAUGUGGUGCUGGAGAGCAGCUGUGUCUCUUGUGACGAUGAGUGUACAGGCGUGCUGCUGGAUGACUUGGAUAAUGUUGGUGACGCCAUUCUCUCCGUGAACCUCAGCAGCAUCAUUUCUCUCCCACACGGAAUUUUGUCAAACCUGGAAAAUACAACUCAGGAUCUCCGGAAAUCUUUAUUAAAAGAAAACGCUCAGAAGGAACUGGCAAACAGUGAACUUGAAGAUGUUACGCAACACACGGACGACCUGCAAACGGAGCUCACCAGAGUGUUAACAAGUAGCCAGCAGGUGAACAGGGCAACUGAGAGAAUCCUCAACGCCAGUCAGGACCUGACCACGUUCAUUGAGAAGCUGCAGAUGGACAUCAGAGAAAUUCUUAAGAAGGCAACAAAUUUAAAUCAGACCUGGGACGAGGACUUCCAGCUUCCCAAUUCUACCCUUCAGAAUAUGCAGCGGGACUUGACAUCCUUGCUGGAAGCCAUUCGGAGAAGACACUUCACACACUUGCACCAAAAUGCCACCCUGGAACUCAAGGCUGCUGAAAGUUUACUGUCACAAAUUCAGAAAGCUUUCCAAAAGCCACAGGAGGAGUUGGAGGCAUUAAAAGCAGCAGCCAGCCGCGUCCUUACAAAGCACCACAAUGAACUGCAGGUGGCAGAAGACCUUGUGCAGGACGCAGAGGCCAAGACCAAGGAAAGCAGCCACCUGCUGCUCAUUGUCAAGGCCAACCUGAGAGAAUUCAAGGAUAAAAAGCGACAUGUCCGAGAAGAACAAAACUUGACCUCAAAGCUAACUGCCCAAGGAAGAAGACUGAUAGAUGCUGCCACUGCACAUGCAGACACUACGCAAAAUACUCUAGCCCAAUUAGAGAAUCUGCAGGAUGAGCUUCUUAUGUGGACUGCUAAAAUCAGGCACCAUGUUGAUGAUCUGGUCAUGCAGAUGUCCAAAAGGAAAGCCCUUGACCUUGUCUACAGAGCUGAGGAUCAUGCAGCUGAGCUCCAGAGACGAGCAGGUGCUCUGGACAGUGGCCUUGAGAAAGUCACACACAUGUCCUUGAAUGCAACCAGUGCAGUCCACGUCCAUUCCAACAUUCAGAGAAUGAUUGAAGAAGCAGACAAACUGGCCAGCGAUGCCCAUGAGACUGUCAAUAAGACGAGCCUGUCCUCAGAGUCCCUUGUUUCUAGUGGGAAAGUGGCUCUGCAGCGAAGCUCCAAAUUUCUCAAAGAAGGCAACAACCUUAGCCGGAAGCACCAAGGUAUCACAUUGAAACUGAGUGAACUGAAAAAUACGGCAAACAGAUUUCACGAGCGUGCAGAUAACAUCACGGGGCAAACCAGUGGAUUACUGCUGAAGCUUAGAGCAAUUCCUGAAAGUGUGAGAGACAAAGGAACUAAAACCAAAGAGCUGGCCUCAUCUGCCAACCAGACAGCAGUGAGCACACUGAAGGAUGUUGUGGGAUUGAGCCAGAAGGUGUUUAAUACGUCAACUAACCUGUCUCGAGUGAAUGCUACCCUACAGGAGACACAUGAACUUCUACGGGACUCCACGGUGACCACUCUGUUGGCUGGAAGAAAAGUUAAAGAUGUGGAAAAACAAGCCAACCUGUUAUUUGAUCGGUUGAAGCCUUUGAAGCUCUUAGAAGAGAACCUGAGCAGAAACCUAUCGGAAAUCAAGCUGCUGAUCAGUCAGGCCCGGAAACAAGCAGCCUCUAUUAAGGUCGCCGUGUCUGCAGACAGAGACUGCAUCCGGGCCUACCAGCCUCCCAUCUCUUCCACGAACUAUAACAGCUUAACACUGAAUGUGAAGACAAGCGAGCCCGAUAACCUUCUCUUCUACCUCGGAAGCAGCACGAGCGCUGACUUCCUUGCGGUGGAGAUGCGGCGAGGGAAGGUGGCCUUCCUCUGGGAUAUGGGCUCCGGGUCCACACGCCUGGAAUUUCCCGACUUCCCCAUUGACAACAAUGAAUGGCACAGCAUCCGUGCAACCAGGUUUGGAAACGUUGGCUUAUUGAGUGUAAAGGAAUUGAGUUCAAGUCAGAAGCCACCAGUGAAAACAAGUAAAUCCCCUGGAACAGCUAAUGUUCUAGAUAUAAACAACUCAACAUUGAUGUUUGUCGGAGGGCUCGGAGGACAAAUCAAGAAAUCUCCUGCUGUGAAGGUUACUCAUUUUAAAGGCUGCAUGGGUGAGGCUUUCUUCAAUGGAAAAUCCAUUGGCCUUUGGAACUACAUUGAAAGGGAGGGCCAAUGCCAAGGCUGCUUCGGAAGCCCCCAGAGUGAAGACUCUUCCUUCUAUUUCGAGGGGAGUGGGUAUUCCGUCGUGGAGAAGACGCUGCGGGCCACUGUGACGCAGGUCGUGAUGCUCUUCAGCACCUUCUCGCCUAACGGGCUGCUCCUCUACCUGGCUUCCAACGGCACCAAAGACUUUUUAUCCAUCGAGCUGGUGCACGGCAGAGUGAAAGUCACAGUCGACCUGGGUUCAGGGCCCCUUGCUCUUACUACAGACAGGCGGUAUAACAAUGGAACCUGGUACAAAAUUGCUUUCCAGCGAAACCGGAAGCAAGGACUGCUGGCAGUCAUUGAUGCCUAUGACAGCAGUGAUAAGGAAACCAAGCAGGGCGAGGCUCCGGGAGUGUCCUCAGACCUCAAUCGUCUAGACAAGGACCCCAUCUAUGUGGGGGGAGUACCGAGGUCACGAGUUGUAAGAAAAGGCGUCACCAGCAAAAACUAUGUGGGCUGUAUCAAGAACCUGGAAAUAUCCAGAUCAACCUUCGAUUUGCUCAGAAAUUCCUACGGAGUGAGAAAAGGCUGUGUGCUGGAGCCUAUCCGCAGUGUGAGCUUCUUGAGAGGCGGCUACAUUCAGCUGCCCCCCAAGUCUUUGUCACCAGAAUCGGAAUUAUUGGUCACGUUCGCCACCACCAACAGCAGCGGCGUCAUCCUGGCUGCCCUUGGCAAGGAGGCACAGAAGCAGGGCCCCUUGCAGAUGCACGUGCCAUUCUUUGCCAUCAUGCUGGUUGAUGGCCAUGUAGAAGUACACGUCAGUUCUGGGGACGGAACCAGCCUGAGAAAAGCGCUCCUGCACGCUCCCACGGGUACCUACAGCGACGGACAACACCAUUCCAUCUCCUUGGUCAGGAAUCGCAGAAUCAUCACUGUCCAACUGGAUGAGGCCCAUCCUGUAGAAAUGAAGUUGGGCCCCUUAGCAGAAAGCAGGACAAUGAACCUGUCCAGCCUGUACAUAGGGGGCGCUCCAGAGGGCGAGGAGGCGGCGAUGCUCAAAGUGAGGAGCUCAUUCCAUGGCUGCAUCAGGAACCUGGUCUUUGACAUGGAACUUUUGGAUUUCACUGGUGCGGUUGGCUACGAACAAGUGGACUUGGACACCUGCUUGCUGUCAGAAAGCCCUCUGCUGACUCUUCAUGGAGGGGACAGCGAGCUCUUGCCAGAGUCCCUGCCUUUAUUUAGUCCAGGACAGUGUGCGGUGGACACGGCUCCAGAGUAUGUUGCCGACGCUCACCAGUUUGGCCUCUCACAAAGCAGCCAUUUCGUCUUGCCUUUUGAUCAGUCGGCUGUCAGAAAGAGGCUCUUGGUCCAGCUGAGCAUCCGGACGUUUGCGUCCAGCGGUCUGAUUUACUACAUGGCUCACCAGAACCAAGUGGACUAUGCCACACUCCAGCUUCACGAGGGCCGCCUCCAGUUCAUGUUUGAUCUCGGUAAAGGCCGAACCAAGGUCUCUCACCCCGCGCUGCUCAACGACGGCAAGUGGCACACGGUCAAGACAGAGUACAUUAAAAGAAAAGGUAUCAUGAGUGUUGAUGGCCAGGAGUCGCCCGGGGUGACCACGGUGGGAGACGGGACCACGCUGGAUGUGGAAGGGAAGCUGUACCUGGGAGGCCUUCCCUCCGAGUACAGGGCCAGGAACAUUGGAAACAUCACCCACAGCAUCCCUGCCUGCAUUGGGGAGGUGACAGUCAACAGCAAACAGCUGGACAAGGACAGCCCAUUGUCUGCCUUUGCAGUAAACAGGUGCUAUGCCGUGGCCCAGGAAGGAACUUUCUUUGAAGGAAGUGGAUAUGCAGCUCUUGUUAAGGAAGGCUACAGAGUCCGAUCGGAUUUAAACAUCACACUGGAGUUCCGUACCUCCUCAGAGAACGGCGUCCUCCUGGGGAUCAGCAGUGCCAAAGUGGACGCCAUCGGCCUGGAGAUUGUAAAUGGCAAGCUCCUGUUCCAUGUGAACAAUGGCGCCGGGAGGAUUACAGCCGCCUACGAGCCCAGAGCUGGCAGCACUCUGUGUGAUGGAAAGUGGCACACCCUACAAGCCAACAAAAGCAAGCACCGCCUUGUGCUCACUGUGGACGGGAACGCAGUUGCUGCUCAGAGUCCACACACCCAGUCCACCUCGGCCGACACCAACAACCCCAUUUAUGUGGGAGGCUAUCCAGCUGAUGUCAAGCAAAACUGCCUGAGCAGCCGGACCUCGUUCCGGGGCUGUUUGAGGAGGCUCCGGCUGAGUAAGGGCGCGCAGGUGCAGUCCCUGGACUUCAGCAGAGCGUUCGAUCUUCAAGGCGUCUUCCCGCAUUCCUGUCCCGGGACCGAGCCCUGAACUGCUGGCAGAAACCCUCAGUCGGAAUCAUUGCCGAUGUCUUGGGAGUUUAUUUGUGAAUGAAAAUCUCAUCAGUUCACAUUUCCUUGCCAACUCAGGUUGUUUCCAGGGAGAAAUGUGUGGAUGUUAAAAUGAAACCACGUAUACAACAAAUACCUCUAUUAAAUGGUCUGAAAUGUAAAAUGAAUUCCUUGGCUCUCUUUUUUUUAAAGUUUUUGUCUUAAUCUUUGUAAGCAUUUUUAAAUGUCCUGUUGAUAACCUGACAGUAUUUUAUGUUUUGCAUUUUUGAGCUUUA